AUGGUUGCCGCGAUUUCCUUGGCGCUUUUGUCGCAUUUUGAGCAUACGCGUUCAUUUUCUCCCUCAUUCACAAUUGGCUCAUACUUGUGCACCACUGUCCUGCUUAAAGCUGUAACUACGCGGACUUAUUGGCUCCUUGCCAACACUGACACAGGCUACAUACACAUUGCCGAGGCGAGUUCGGUUGCACUCCUCAUCCAAAUUAUUAUCAUCGUUCUUGAAAGCUGGAGCAAGGAACAUUGUCUUCUUGAAAAUGCAAAAAUUGCGGCCGAAGAGUUGGCUAGCUUUGUGGAUCGCUCGCUAUUCGUUUGGCUUGACAAGCUACUCCUUCACGGAUAUAGACAAAACCUCACAUUGCUUGAUCUACAACCGCUUGAUCAAACCCUAGGUACAUUCCACCUAGCGAAUGACUUUCAUGACAUCCAGAAGCGUCCAAAGCGUGAGUACCCAUCUGAGCCAUUUCCUCUGAUCACCACCCCUGACCUUUCAUACCCAGUUAGGCGCUUCGGUCUUCUAGGCAUAAUUUUACAAUGCUCGGGCGCAUCCAUAUUCUUUCCUGUGCUACCACGAAUUUGUCUCACUGGCUUCAGCUUUGCACAACCAUUCCUGGCCACAUCGUUGAUUGCGUAUUUUGAAAAUCAAGGAUCCACCACUUUGAAUGCGGGGUAUGGAUUGAUCGGAGCUUCCUUCCUUACAUAUGCUGGAAUUGCGAUAUCUACUGGAUGGUAUUGGCAUAUGUCGUACAAAUAUGCCACAAGACUCCGUGGUGGUUUAAUUGCAAGAAUCUCUGACAAAUUGAUGAGGCUCAGGCAUGAGACAGGUCUUGAGUCGAAAGUAUUCACUCUCGUCAUCGCAGAUGUCGAUAAAAUAAUCAGUGCUUCCGCAUAUAUACAUGAAAUAUGGGCGGCGGUUCUAGAAACUGGCUUAGCAACAUGGCUGCUCUGGAGACAAAUUGGACCUUCGAGCCUGACUGUCCUGGCAGUCGCGUUGAUCUGUGCCAUGGGAUCAAUCUUUCUCGGAAAGCACCUUGGCAAGGCACAGCAAACUUGGCUCGCAGGCACAGAGAAGAGAAUUGCAGCAACAAGGAAAAUGCUGUCUUCUCUAAAGGCAAUUAAAAUGAUGGGUGCCAGUCAGCGUGUACGAAUGACCAUCGAGAAAUUUCGGGAUCUCGAAUUCGUGGCCUCCAAGUCAUUUCGUACACUUUUGAUCGGAAGUUUAAUCUCAUCGUACUCCAGUCUCACAUUGGCGCCCGUUGUUGCUUUUGGAACAUAUAUCGGCUCCAUUAGAGCUACAAAUGGGGACUUUAAUGCCUCAAGAUUAUUUGGUUCUCUUAUUCUCAUCAAUCUGCUUGCAUCACCACUCAUACGCAUUUUACAAAUUCUCCCGCAUUUUGGGGCCGCGCUUGGAUGCUUCUCUCGUGUAGAAGACUUCUUUGAGAAGUCAGACGUCAUUGACCCCAGAGUGAUUGUAGUCGAUGGGACCAAGCACGGAAAAGGUGACAGCAAGACUGAGCUUUCAGAUGGGAAAGAAGUAUUAAACAAGGAAAAGGAAGAAUAUGCGGUAAAGUCAAAAGAUCUUUCAGUAUUAUCCAUGCAGCACGCGAGCUUUGGCUGGGGCACUGAAAUAAGUCUGCACGAUAUAAAUUUUGAAAUUGCUGCAGGCCAACACGUCGCCGUGACUGGUCCUGUCGGCUGCGGUAAGUCGCUCUUGUUGCAAGCGAUACUUGGUGAAGUCGAACUUAAGACUGGAACUAUGCACGUUGGAGGUGUAGGCAUCGGGUAUUGCAGCCAAAAUCCGUGGUUGGAAAAUGUUUCCGCGCACAAAAAUGCAUUUAGAAGCGCACCCAGCGACAAAUCAUGGGAGAACUUGGUUGCUGAUAGUUGUGAUCUCGGCGGCUUAUUGAGUAUAGAAAGUUCGCAUCAGACUGUCGGAAGUGGUGGAGCUAAAAUAAGUGGUGGUGAACGCCAGCAAAUAGCUUUAGCACGUGCGAUUGCAACUCGACCUGCAAUCUUACUACUAGAUGACGUUUUCAGUGCUAUAGAUAAAACUACAAAGACUUCUAUGCAAGAAAAGUUGUUCGGACGGAAAGGUAUCUUACGCGAGCAAGGAACUACAGUUGUUCAUGUUACUCAAGACCAACAAUUCAUAGAAGCUGCCGAUAUGGUUCUUCAAAUAGACGGUGCAGGAAACCUCCAGCAGUUGCAGCCCGUAGCUUGCACAGUUCAGUCCGCGCUGGAAGACAAAGUUGAGGGGAAACCAAUCAAUGCUACAGAGUCCCGCCCUGGUCCUCAAUCCCGAUUGAAAAGUAAUCAUGCGAACCCAACUAAAAUCGCAGAUAAAAGGGUCUAUCAAACGUAUCUCCUUUCUAUCGGGCGUUCAAACAUAAUCAUCUUCUUCAUUGGUGCCAUCAUGUUUGCCUUCACUUUUAGGUUCCCAAAUAUAUGGGCAGAGUGGUGGUCUGAUGCAAGUACUGGUAGCUCGACAAAAAGCGUCGAAUACUGGAUGGGUAUCUACGCAUUCUUAAAUCUGCUUCCACUGGUCACCAUAAGCCUUUGGGCGGCUCACCUCAUGCUCAUAAUUAUUCCAACUUCAGGUGUUGGAUUACACGGUAAACUACUCCGAUCUGUCCUCGAUGCACCUUUCACCUUCAUCAGCACCAUCGAUUCCGGAAGCCUCAUAAACAGGUUCAACCAAGACCUUAUGCUUGUUGAUACCCAACUUCCAUUCCAACUUCUGAACACUGUUUCUGGAUUAUUUGCCGCCAUUCUCCAGGCAAUCUUGAUUACCAUUUCUGCUGUUUAUAUCGUUGCUAUCCUUCCUGUUCUGGUAGCUGUGCUUUUUUUGAUCCAAAACUUCUACUUACGAACAUCAAAACAACUGCGACAACUUGAUUUAGAGUCUAAGGCUGGCUUCCACACAAUGAUCGCAGAGAUAUAUGAAGGACUGGUAACGAUUAGGGCCCAUGGCUGGCAGAACACCAUGCAAGGGGAGUUUUACGAGAAGCUGGACAGAUCACAAGAGCCAAUAUAUCUUCUCUACAUGGUACAAACUUGGCUUCAGUUGACGCUGAAUUUAGUAGUUGCCGGACUUGCAGUACUAAUGGUUGGUGUGGCUAUUGGUUUGCGCCACAAGACAAGUGCCGGAGGAAUUGGAGUAGCAUUUUUGAAUCUGGUGAGUUUGGGAGAAUCACUGACACAGACUAUUCAAUCUUGGACAGCUUUGGAGACGUCUCUUGGAGCUAUCGCCAGAAUUGAAGCCUUUGAGCAAGAAACACCUGUAGAGCCAGAAGUUGCAUCGCCAACUGAUGUACCCAUUACGUGGCCAACUUCGGAUUUAGAAAAGCCUUCGUGGAGUUUACGAGCAAUAACUUUGAAAAUCAACUCCGGUGAGAAGAUUGCGAUUUGUGGUCGUAGUGGUUCUGGAAAGUCGACUUUGUUACUAUCUCUCUUGGCCCUGAUUGAAACAACAAAAGGUACCAUAUAUCUUGAUGGUAUCGACAUCUCAAAAGUUCAACGAUAUGUUUUACGAUCUAAACUCCAUGUUAUCUCGCAAGACGCGUUCACAGAUAGAGAAAUUAUUCGCGAUGCACUAGAUCCGGCUGGAAAAUUGUCUGAUGAGACCAUCAACGACGCCCUACGUGAUUGUGCUUUGCUGAACAAAAUCAAUGCAUCAGGAUCUCUCUCUGCCAAAUUGGGUGAUGUAAAUCUAUCGGUUGGCGAAACCCAACUUUUUGUCCUGGCCCGAACUAUUCUUGGAAUCGAGGACUCUAAUAAAGGAGGUGUCGUACUACUUGAUGAAGCCACUAGCAGCAUUGAUGUCGACACUGAGCGGAAAAUAAUGAAUAUCGUCGCCAAAAGACUGCAAGGAAAGACCGUGAUCUCAGUUUUACAUCGCCUCGAGGCCGCUGUUGAAUUUGACAAAAUUUAG